AUGAGAGAAUAUGAGCCCGUUGAAGAAGACUUCGACAUUGAUGAUUUUCGACAACCGCCCCUCGAAUGUUUGGAUGAACCUAGUGAUGAGGAAGUAGGAAGCACUGGUUGGGAAGACGAGGAUAAUCCCAACAACAGCGUCGACGAAAAGCAGAAGGUAUCUAAAAAGGCAGUUAAAGGUGAAAACAACGGUGGCCACUCUCGUCAGACCAGAAAAAAGUAUCUUUGCCCCAUUAAAGGGUGUAAAUCACAGGUACGUGAUCUUCCUCGCCAUUUGAGAGACGUUCAUAAAUGGGCCAGAGAAAAAGCUAAAAAGGCGACCUCCAGGUUUGGAAUGCGGGAAAGCUUUUCGUCUACUAACAUGGACGGAAAAGGAAAAGACCGCAAGUGGAAAGACUAUCAUUACCACCGCAAGUGCCCAAUUUCAGGUUGUCACUCGAUAGUAAAGCGACUUUCCUAACAUUUACGGCAAGUACACAAGGAAAUAAGGAAGGGCUCAUCGGAAUACAAAGCCAUAUUAAAAGAAGCUCGGCCAAGAAAACCUUCGCGAUCAUCAGCACUGGUGUCAAGAAGAACUGAAGAAGCCGAAAUAAGCCUCAGUAGCAACAGUGAUAAUAACAGCGUAGCUGGAACUAGCGUGAAAGGUGACGGCAACAAGGAUAGCGGCACAGAAAAUUCAGAUAGUAUCAGUGAUGGUGACAACUGUGGCUAUGAAGGCACACCUGACAGUGAUUCACAAACGGAAGCUGAAAGCACUGGCAAUUUAGAAAUGAGCCAUGGCAUAUUUGGUUCUUUCAUAAGCUGGCUACAGACAACUGAUGGUGGAAGGAAACCGCACAAAAUGUCGAAACAGCAUGCCUCACAGGUAGAAAACAUUCUUACUGUUAUUGACCCGAACAAAGAUCUGGCGUCGCUAUUUGAUCGUAAACUUAUUCGUGACACUUUCUUAAGAGAUCACGCUGAAAAAACCUACAAACCUGACACUAUUAAAUCGUACUUGUUAAGUCUACGAUAUUUCUGCAGCUUUGUCUUAACAGAGCGUCCUGAGGGCCUAAAUGUGGACGAUGCUACUAUUAAUGUAAUUGAUGAGAAAGCCCGUUUGUGGUCGACUUCAUACAAGAAAGAUUGUCAACGUAGGCAUUUGGAGAAACAGGAUGAAGAUAUUUCUAACUUGAUAACAGCUGAGAUGGUGACUACAUUUGAGCAGAGUGAAUCAACACGAAGAGCAGUGUCCCUCAUUGGUCAGCUUAGUGGGGCUCACUGUAUUCAACUUAACCAAGAACAGUACACACUAAUUAGAGAUUUCAUCCUAACUGAAAUGACAAUUGCUAAUGCCCAUAGAUCGGGUGUGCUAGCUAACAUGACUAUAGGUGAGUUCAACAAAUCAAAGCAUGAAAGCAAUGGAAGCUACGUAAUAAGUGUAAAGAACCAUAAGACUGCAUCCAUUCAUGGUCCUGCCAGAGUCGUGCUUUCACCUAAACUGUUUGGUUACCUGAAAGUGUACGUUAAUGAAGUGAGAAGUGUAGUAAAUUCGACCAAAGAUGAAAAUGACUCUGUGAUAUUGUCGUGGAGUGGAGCAAAGGUCGUGUCAGGCCAAAUAUCAACUGCAAUCAACGCCGCUUGA